AUGCCAAAAGGCACAAGGUGGGACGGGAAGGCAAGUCGCGCUGGACGAGUACCGGCCGCCGGCGACAUCUCUCUUGCUUUAAUUACGUUCAUUAGUUCACAGUUCAUUAAUGUGAAUAGUUCAAAUGAACUAUUCUUCAGUUCACAUAGUUCACUAGUUGUAUGGACUAUGGAUCAUACUGAAACUGAUAUGGUUUCAGGUUUGGCAAUGAACUAUGAAGUAAUGAACUAUUCGUCUCCUAAUAUAAAAAAUACUCCAAACAUUGCUUUACAAAAUAAUGAAGUUCUUAACAAACAAAUUUUCGGUGAUGCAGAUGACCCUGUAAAUGAGAUACCCGUUUCGAGAUUAGAAAAAAAAGAUAGAAUUGACAAAGGUCCCUACCAACCAAAAUUUGAUUUUCCUAGAACAAUAAUAGGCUCAAAAUAUAGAAGUUUCCAAAUCGAAUGGUACAAUAAGUAUUCGUGGUUAGAAUAUAGUAAAGUUUUUGAUUCUGCAUUUUGUUUUUACUGUCGUGUAUUUUGUUUAAACGAUCCAGCAACAAAAGGUCAUAUUGAUUUUGCUUUUAUAAAAAAGGGAUUUAAAAAUUGGCAUAGAGCAAACGAAUGUUUCCGUAACCAUGAAAAAUCUAAAGGCCAUCAACAUAGCGUUUCUUCUUGGAGUAGUUAUACAAAAGAUAAAUCGGUUGAUAUUUUGUUAGAUGAGCAAAAGGAAGUGUUUAUUUCAAAGUAA